UUCCCUUUCUCACAACUCUCUCACUGGCAGCCUCGACGACCUCUCCCGACUGACCAAUCUGCAGGGCCUGGAGCUAUCCAACAACGCCAUAAUCGGCCCGAUCCCUGCCGCCCUGAGGGACCUCGUCCACUUGGAAUACCUGCUCAUUUCAAACAACAACCUUACAGGCACUAUCCCCACUUUCAUCUCGAGCCUCUUCUCUCUCCAGACUCUCGAUCUCUCAAACAACAACCUGUCAGGCGUCAUCCCCCCUUCCAUCUCGGGUCUCAACAGCCUUACAGCUCUGAGUCUUGGCAGCAACGCAUUGGAAUCUCCUAUCCCUCGAAGUUUGAGUGCUAUGGAAUCCUUAUCAUUUUUGGAUCUGAGCAACAACAGAUUUUCAGACGGCAUCUCAACUUUCAUCCGGGUGCAAGUGGAGCAUAUGAGGCUGGGCCACAAUAACAUCACAGGCAGCAUCCCUGCCUCCAUCACCUCUCUCACUUCCCUCACCUACCU